AUGAUAGAUAACGACCCAGUAAUAGAUUACUCGAAAAGGACACCCAUCGCCAGAAGCAGGAGGUACAAACACGGAGAAUUAUUCUCAACACUAGAGCAAACAUACCAGGAGGAAAUCUUUCAAUUAAGGUUGAAACUUCACCACAAUAAUAUACCAGCCCCACCCCUUGUCAACUACAACCGUCCAUCAAUGGCACCUUUGGAUGACCUCCUUCUCAAGGGCGGAAAACUCAACAACGAGGUCACAAGCGUUGCAGAACUCCAGAUGAAAUGCGGGGCUCUGAAGGAGAUGUUGAUGGAGCACAUUAUUGGCAUGCAAGAGCUAAAAAAUCACAAGGCGUCGCUCACAACAUACCGUCGUUCUCCGUCAACAAUCAUCAAAAAUCUUGAGAGCCUGGAUACUGGCGCACAACAAUUAUAUAAGACAAUCCAGGAGCAAUCCUAUAAUCUUCUUGUAAAGUUCGCUAAGUCAAUCGCGACCGAGCAAUGGACCAAAGAAGAUGCUUACAAAAAGCAACAGGUAGAGUACGAUAAGUUGAUCGUGCAAGAGGAAAAUAACAAGAAGCAGGCAGAAAAGAUAAAUGAGAAGAAGAGAGCUUUAGGUGGGAUGGACACAACCCAG